GAGAGAAAAACAAAAGAGAGGGAAAAUAAAAUUUCUAGGGCUUGUUUACAAAAACCCCAAACGGAUCCGACGAAACGCCGCCGUGUUCGCUUAAUUGUAGUCAGGGUUUUCAUUUGUUCAUCUCCGGAUCGAAGGAAUUUCAAAGAUCUGUAAUUUGAGGGUUGAGCUCAGAUCAGUUAGGGUUUUAGAUGAGUCAAGGUUCUCCGAAGAAUAUGGAAGAGGAAAAGCCCUCAGCUCCGGCAUUAAGCAAUUCUGAAACUAUCACAGGGGAUUAUGAUGCUACAGAAGCUCGAUUAACCGAUCUCUGCAAGAAUGGACUAUUGUUGGACGAGAUCACUUAUAUGCAAACUUUGAAGCUAUUCAAAGACACAAAACACCUUUUGUCAGCAAACAUAUCUGGCAUUGGAAGUGGAAUGCCGGAAGAAGCGGAGCGGUUUUGGUUUGCAUUUGUGUUAUAUUCAGUUAAAAGGUUAAGUGAGAAGAAUGGAGACAGUCCACCACAGGGAUUCAGUGAUAAUGAGUUUAAUUUAUGCCAGAUAUUGAGAGUUGCAAAGUUGAACAUUGUGGAUUUUUUUAAAGAGUUGCCUCAGUUUGUUGUCAAGGCUGGUCCAAUAUUAAGUAAUAUGUAUGGGGCGGAUUGGGAGAAUAGACUUGAGGCAAAAGAGUUGCAAGCCAAUUUUGUGCACCUCAGUCUUUUAAGCAAGUACUACAAACGUACGUACCGGGAAUUUUUCUUGCCAAGUGACGCCAACAGUGAUAAGCUUUCAGCUGUUGCCAGUGCCAGUGGCUAUGUUUCAGACUACCACUGUUUCGGAUGGUUACUGUUUCUGGCACUCCGUGUACAUGCAUUCAGCCGGUUCAAAGAUCUAGUGACCUGCACAAAUGGAUUGGUUUCCAUACUGGCUGUUUUGAUCCUACAUGUUCCUGUUCGCUUCCGAAAUUUUGAUGUCCAUGACUCCUCGCGGUUUGUUAAGAAAGGUGACAAAGGCGUUGACUUGGUUGCAUCACUUUGCAACAUCUAUGACACCUCAGAAGAUGAUCUGAAAAAAACAAUGGAAAAGACCAAUAGUUUAAUAUCAGAUAUAUUGAAGAAAGAGCCUUGUUUGGCAUCUGAAUGUAAAAGUGAAAACUUGGAGAAUAUUGACCCUGAUGGUUUGAUAUAUUUUGAGAAUCUCAUGGACGAAUCAUCUCUAUCAACCAGUUUGAAAAUUUUAGAGCAAGAUUAUAAUGAUGCUACUCGUAAUAAAGGUGAGCUGGAUGAGAGAGUGUUUAUUAAUGAGGAGGACAGUAUACUUGGUUCGGGAAGCUUGUCUGGAGGUGCCAUAAAUAUAACUGGUACCAAGAGAAAAUUUGAUUCAAUGGCUUCUCCAGUGAAGACAGUUACAAGUCCACUUUCUCCUCAUCGAUCUUCAGCAUCUCAUGCAAAUGGUAUUCCUGGUGGUUCAAAGAUGGCAGCUACACCUGUAAGCACAGCGAUGACUACUGCCAAGUGGCUUAGAACUGUUAUUUGUCCACUUCCAUCAAGACCAUCGGCAGAGUUGGAGCGCUUCUUGAGAUCAUGCGAUAGGGAUGUAACUAGUGAUGUGACACGCAGGGCACAGAUAAUUUUGGAAGCUAUAUUUCCAAGCAGUAGUUUAGGAGAGCGCUGUGGAACUGGAAGCCUGCAGAGUGCUAAUUUGAUGGACAAUAUAUGGGCAGAACAACGAAGACUGGAAGCCCUCAAGUUAUAUUAUAGGGUUUUAGAAGCAAUGUGUACAGCUGAAGCCCAAGUGUUGCAUGCCACAAAUUUGACCUCUCUAUUGACUAAUGAGAGGUUCCAUAGAUGUAUGCUUGCCUGUUCUGCUGAACUGGUUCUGGCCACACAUAAGACUGUCACAAUGUUGUUUCCUGCAGUUUUAGAGAGAACUGGCAUCACAGCAUUUGACCUUAGCAAGGUGAUCGAAAGUUUUAUUAGACAUGAGGAAUCUCUCCCAAGAGAAUUGAGGCGGCAUUUGAAUUCUUUGGAGGAGCGACUUUUGGAGAGUAUGGUGUGGGAAAAGGGCUCAUCAAUGUAUAAUUCUUUGACAGUUGCUAGACCAGCUCUGUCUGCAGAGAUAAGUCGUCUUGGAUUGCUGGCUGAUCCAAUGCCGUCUCUUGAUGCAAUUGCCAUGCACAUUAAUUUCUCUUCUGUAGGAUUGCCUCCUGUGCCUUCUUUGCAGAAACAUGAGUUGUCACCAGGUCAGAAUGGUGAUAUCAGGUCCCCAAAGAGACCGUGUACAGACUAUCGGAGUGUGUUAGUGGAACGGAAUACCUUUACAUCACCAGUGAAGGAUCGGUUGCUGGCGCUCAAUAACCUUAAAUCAAAGUUUCUGCCUCCUCCUUUACAAUCUGCCUUUGCCAGCCCAACUCGGCCAAACCCAGGAGGUGGAGGAGAAACUUGUGCGGAAACUGGGAUUAAUAUAUUCUUCACCAAGAUUAAUAAACUGGCUGCAGUUAGAAUCAAUGGUAUGGUGGAGAGGUUACAAGUGUCACAGCAGAUAAGGGAGAGUGUAUACUGUCUUUUCCAGCAAAUUCUUAGUCAACGGACAUCUCUCUUCUUUAAUCGCCAUAUUGACCAGAUUAUCCUCUGCUGUUUCUAUGGAGUUGCAAAGAUUUCUCAACUGCCCCUGACCUUCAAGGAAAUCAUUUACAACUAUAGGAAACAACCACAAUGUAAACCACAAGUUUUUCGCAGUGUGUUUAUUGACUGUUCAUCUGCACGCCAGAAUGGGAGAACCGAGCCGGAUCAUGUUGAUAUUAUAACAUUUUACAACAAAAUAUUUGUUCCUGCCGUAAAGCCUCUGCUGGUGGAACUUGGACCUGCCGGAACAAACAUGAGAACUAACCGUGUUUCUGAAGUGAACCAUAAUAGUGAUGGUCAAUGCCCUGGAUCACCUAAAGUAUCUCCUUUUCCAACCCUUCCUGAUAUGUCCCCUAAGAAAGUAUCUGCAGUACACAAUGUAUAUGUUUCUCCAUUACGGACGUCCAAGAUGGAUGCUUUGAUCUCACAUAGCUCGAAAAGCUAUUAUGCUUGUGUUGGAGAAAGCACUCAUGCUUACCAGAGCCCUUCAAAAGAUCUAACGGACAUUAAUAACCGCUUGAAUGGCACCCGAAAGAUCAGAGGCACACUAAACUUUGACGAGGAUGUUGGGUUAGUUAGUGAUUCUAUGGUGGCCAACAGCCUCUACAUUCAAAAUGGGAGUUGUGCGUCGUCAUCAGGUGCACUGUUGAAAUCCGAGCAACCUGAUUCAUAAAUUAGUGUUCGCAUACUGACAUGUUUGUAUAUUCGAGUCUCUUGAUUCAUCCUAUAAUUAAUUUAUACUUGAGUUUGAUGACAUGGGUAUUGCAUGAGCGGUGAGUUGUUGUAGAAUAGCCGCCAUCAUUCCCACUUUGCUUAUCAAUCUUGUAUGAACUCAAAGAAACGAAGUUUCCUCUAAUUAGUCCAAUAAAAUUUGGCUUUUGUGGCUGGU